CGGCUUUCCAUUUAAAAAAAAAAAGAAAAAAAAGAAAGAAAGAAAGAUUGCCUCAUCAACUUGAAGCGCAUGAGCGUGCAAGUGCGGAUUGAUGCUUGUCUGUCACACCUUCAAUCACGCGAGGGGGAAAUUCUUCUUCCCCGUUGCCCGCCUCGACCCCAUUCCUAGGAUAGUUCCGUCAUUGCGGGUCCCUAACAGCAAGGAGGUGGAAGCGUAAAGACGUUAAGAAUCCCUUCCCAUGUGGGAAUAGAAAUCAUCCUGUUCAUUUCGCCCACCGAUUGACAACCGCCACGUCGAACAAGGCACAGGAACCCAGUGGCCAGAACGCUUCCACCGCAAGGUUCGGUUUUGACGAGUUCGGGAGGGUUUCGUCUGGAGCGUCGCGUAGGGCUGUAGAUCACAUCAGAAAGCGAAAAAUAUGCAAUUUAGCAAUCCGACGUCGAUAUAUCCUAUUCUCAGAUAUUUUUGUUUAGUAGUGCUCAAAUUUUGUCAAAAACAACAUUAAAUGUGGGUGAUAAGUAGGCUGGAGAGUAGCCAACCUCGGUGAGUUGAGAAUCCAUCGUAGUGCGCAGUUGUGAAGGGAUCGAAGCAGGCUUGAGAAGUUUUGUAGCCAUGGCGGGUCGAGGAGUGCUCUUAACGGUGCUUGUAGUGUUUGUUCUUGCUGGGCUUGUCGCCUCCUUGCCGCUUAGGGAUGUAAUUCAGCAAGUGACCGACGGUGUGCGUGUCGAUGGGAGCGUGGAGCAGUUUGCGCAUGCACUACUUGGUGCGGAGAAGCAGUUCGAGAGCUUCAUAAAGGAGUUUGGGAAAGUUUAUCACACCGUGGAGGAGUAUGAGCACCGCUUCAAGGUGUUCAAAAGCAAUUUGUUGAGGGCGUUGAAGCACCAGGCGCUUGACCCCACGGCCAGCCAUGGCGUGACGAUGUUCUCGGACUUGACGGAGGAGGAGUUCGCGACCCAGUACCUAGGUUUGAAGCGGCCCUCGGCCCUUUCCACCGCCCCAACUGCAGAGCCUCUACCCACCGGUGACUUGCCGCCCAGUUUCGAUUGGAGAGAGAAGGGUGCCGUUGGUCCCGUGAAGAACCAGGGAAGCUGUGGUUCUUGCUGGGCUUUCAGCACGACGGGUGCAGUGGAAGGCGCACAUUUUUUGGCCACUGGAAAGCUUCUGAGUCUGAGUGAGCAACAAUUGGUGGACUGUGACCAUCAGUGUGAUCCUGAAGAAGCACAAGCUUGCGAUGCUGGAUGCGGGGGUGGCUUAAUGACAAACGCUUACAAGUAUGUUGAAGAAGCUGGAGGCUUGGAACUGGAGUCCGACUACCCUUACAAGGGCCGAGAUGGAAAGUGCCAAUUUAAUCCUAACAAGGUAGCAGCUAAGGUGUCAAACUUCACCAACAUUCCCAUUGACGAAGACCAGGUGGCUGCCUAUUUGAUCAAGAGUGGGCCCCUCGCUAUUGGCAUAAAUGCCGAGUUUAUGCAAACUUACGUGGCUGGAGUGUCAUGCCCCAUCUUUUGCAACAAGAGGAACCUUGAUCACGGUGUCCUGUUGGUUGGUUAUGCUGAGCAUGGGUUUGCUCCUGCACGCCUUGCUUACAAGCCUUACUGGAUCAUCAAGAAUUCAUGGGGACCAAUGUGGGGCGACAAGGGCUACUACAAGAUCUGCCGUGGUCACGGCGAGUGUGGUUUGAACACCAUGGUUUCUGCUGUGGCUGCGAAUGUUGAUGUGUAAAUUAUUUCCCCAUCGACUGUGAAAGCCCUUGUUUCGUCAAUUGAGUCCAUAAAUUUACAGCACCAAGUCCGUGCUUGUGAUUUAGGAAUUCAGUGAGAAUGAAGGACUUGGCUUACAACACUGUCUGCGGCCUAGAAAUAGUAUUUAUACCUUGUAAUCGUGCAGUUGUAGUUGAUUUAGCUAAAAUCUGGGAACAAUUAUGUUUGCAGCAUCAAACUCUCAAACAAUUCUAAUGCUGGAUGUGGAUACCUAGUUGUUGAGAAUGUCCUAUAUGCAUGAUGUACAGUUAAUGAAGAAAUGAUCCAAUAAUGAAGAAGACAUUUAACUAUGCAAA